CAAUUACUAACCAGUGUUGCCAGAUUAAACCGUCAAUUUUCCACCCACUCUGGCAACACAGCGAACGUCGUCUCGUCUUGUGCUGCCUUCACAGUCUGCCAGGAAUAUUGAGCACCCUGCACUAAUAUUUAAAAGCGCAUUUCUCUGCAUCUUUUUUUUGUUGUUGUUGUUCUAGCUCGCUGAAUCACCGGUUCAACGCUUCAUUCCGGUGAGGUUAUAAUUUUUAUCAGCAAAGAAAUUAAACCGAGUGCUUAUUUUAUAGUAGCGUGAUUUCCUACGCGCUCCUGAAGGCAGCACGGAGAUGCUCACAGUAGCAUCUAGUUUCACAAAGUGUGGAGAGGAGGAGAACCGCAUCCUCGUCGACGCACACAGUGACGGUAUCAUGGCCAGUCGGUGGACAGACGGACCUCGGAUCCGAUCCGGGAGCCUGAAAACGCAACAGGAACCGUGCGCGGAUUGUCCGCAGGAGCUGCCGCGCUGGAUGCGGCUUUAUUUCUACGGGACGCACGGCGUCACUCUGGACGUGCUGCUGUCGUCGGUUCUGCGCUACCGGGACCCCAAACUGGUGGGCUUCUCCUCUCCCUACCUUUGCGUCACGCAUUCCCUCACCCACUUGGCGCUGGAGAAGAUCUACUCCCAGAAGAGCUGCUUCCGAGGCUGGCCGGUGGUCUUCCACCUGCUCUUCUACCCGUCGGUCUACAUCGGGCUGCAGGUUCUGGUCGGGAACGCGCUGGCCGAGCAGCAGCUGGCGCAGGUGUCGUGGACGCAGCUGGCGAUCCACUACGUCCUGGCUCUGUAUUUCACGCGUGUGUUCCACAGAGGACUUUCCCGGCUGCGGUACUACCCGCACCUCCACCACGGCGGGCCUGGUGGUCCUCUCCCCGGCGCGGCGCGCUUCGUCUUCUUCGGGAUGCACGGCUUCCUCGACGAGGUGCUCUUCACCUCCGCCUUCAACCUGGUGGAGAAGCGGGAGCGCGGCCUGAGCGGACACACGUCCCUCUGGUCCUUCGUCAUGUACGGCAGCUGCGGCUUGGUUGUGGAGAAGCUCUACCUCUACUUGCGCUUCAGCAGGAGGUGGAGCGCCUGGAGGCGCCUCCCCGUCUACGUGUGCGUCAUCUACACCUGGGAGCUGUGCUGGGGUCUGCUCCUCAGGCAGUUCCACGCCUGCUCCUGGGAUUACUCCCACUACCCUCACAACUUCAUGGGACUCAUCACCCUGCUGUACCUGCCCGGGUGGGUGUGCCUGAGUCUGUAUCAGGACGUGCUGUCCAAUGUCCUGCUGAGAAUCAGGUGCGUCAGCAGGGACGAAGACAUCAAUGGGCAGAAAAGAUUACUUUAAUCUGGCAAAGA